AUGGCGAGCCAGUUUAUUGGACUGCACAUGAGGGUUGUGUUGCGCGAGCCACCGGGCUAUCGGCUCACUGGCAUUGUGAGAGAUGUCGAGGCGGGAAGCAGCCUGACUCUAACUGAUGUCUACAUUGCGUCUACGUACGAAAGAGCUGCGCAGAUGACGAUUGAUGCGGCUAACAUUGCUGACCUCUCUGAGGUAUCUCUCGAACAGGACUCGCCUACCAAACUUGCAUCUCCCGCUUUGGAAGCUGGACGUUCUGCCAUUUCCCAACCUGCGCCGCCGCCGCCGCCGGAGCAGCAGCAGUCUUUCGUUGAUCCAGCGAUUUUGAGCGUUAGGAGACGCCCGACUUCGAACGCGCCGUCGGCUCCUGCUCCUGGUCAGCCCCAUCACUCCGACAACGGAGAAGUGCCAGUGGCGAAGCCGGGAUUUCUCCCUUCAGUGACCUCCAGCAAUGCACCAGGCAGGAGACCUGAGCAGGAGAUAUUGGACUCAAUCCAGGGCUUGAAAGUCGGCGGUGGCAGUGGCAACAAUCCAGGUCUUCAGAGCCUCAACGCCGUGGCAGCGUCUCAAACGGCGCCACAGAAGAAAAAGGGCGGCUCAAAAAAUUCCAAGCAGGCCAAGGCGAAUAGUGCUACUUACCAAGACAAGCAAGACGCUGAUGGAUCUAAUGUGGGCGGGCAUGGCAAGGGCUGGAGACAGACACCAAUUCUUCAGAGCACGUCGUCCUUCCAGCCAUUCAACUUUUUGAAAAAGAACGAGAAAGGACGCAAGGGGCUUGCCGACAAUGGGUGGGCUUCUGAAGAAGUGACCGAGGAAAUGGGCGACUUCGAUUUCGAAAAUAACCUCGCCAAGUUUGACAAGCGCACCAUAUUUGACCAAAUGCGUAAGGAGGACGAAAUUGACGAGGCUGACCGUCUUGUCUCGCACAAUCGACGACCGAAACCCGGCACGGCAGGCGGCAAAAACCUACACUAUACCGAAAUGGUCCUCGACAUGCCUUCUUCCAAGGGCGGACAGAACACCGACUUCUGGAACAGCGAGGCAGAACUGGGAGCGGACGGGUCAGACAGGCCGAGCGGACGAGAGGCCAAGAACGGCGGCGCUUCCUCUGCCGGAGCUGCGGCCGCGGCGGCUUCUGCCAAGCCACGGGCAGAGAGUAAAUCAGGGCUCUCGAGGCGUUCGCAGUCCCGCAAGGCAAGUGGUGUCGUUACGAGCCAGCCGCUCAGCAGGGUGAACUCGUCUGUACGUCUAUCCCACUCCUCCCCCCGAGGCCCGACGCCGAAAUCAGGUAAGCGUGAAGCUGAUGGCCGUUCGCAGCAGCGGGUCGAGCAGCCCGGUCUCUAUCUCAUCCCCUCCCAGCGCCGCCUGGAGGCCAUUUCCACGCUGCAGAUGCUCAACCUCGAAAACAUUGCCGCCAACGAAAUCGGCUUCUCAGAAGCCCUCAUGGCGGAAAACGCCGGCCGCGGCAUCGCAGAGGUAGCAGUCACGGCACUAUCUGAUCCGGCCUUGAAAGUGCGAUUCGGGCUUUCCAGGGCCGCCUCAGCAACCGACACGUCCUCACCGCCCGGAACCUCGACCAUCGUCGCCCUUGCGGGCAACAACAAGUCGGGCAUCCGGGCGCUCGCGGCGGCUCGUCACCUGCGCAACAAGAACUUUGACGUCCUGGUCUGUCUCGUGGGCUUUGAGCGCGAAAAGGACCUUUUGGAAGACCUACGGCGCCAGAUACAGCUGUACCGUGCGUUUGGGGGCAAGGUCCAUCACAAGAACGACUUUUUCGAGCACCUCCGCAAAUCAUCUGCCUCGGGGACCCCCGUCUCCGUCUCCCUCAUCAUAGACGCUCUGCUCGGGCUGACCAUGUCCUUUGAGGAACUCCGCAUCGGCGACCAAGCGACCGUCUACGAGCUGAUGGAGUGGGCGAACCGCAACGAGGCCUUUGUCUUGUCCGUAGACGUGCCGACGGGCAUCGACCCUACCUCUGGCAAGAUCGCCAUCAUCGACGGCGCACAGUUGUACGUGAAACCGCGGUACGUCGUCGCUAUAGGAGCGCCCAAGAAGGGCCUCUUGGAAGCCGUUGCGCCGCCCUCGGAUGGGGAGCCGGGCCCCCUGAACAGCGGCGGCGCCCACGAAGACGAGUGGCGACUGUUUAUUGCGGACAUGGGACUAGGCAGUGCGGUGUGGAGGAAGGCUGGCACCAAGGUACGCAAGGGCAUCGACUUUGAUGGCAAGUGGGUGCUCGAGAUGCGGUAUCGCGGCACGGGAGCCGAGUAUCGCGGGGAUUAA